AUGGGGACCCUGAGGAGUGAUGGUGACCCAAGGGACAGUGGGGACCUGAGGGGUGAUGAGGACCAAGGGAUGAUGGAGACCACAGAGGGUGAUGGCAGCCGUGGCCUCACCCCGGCCCCGGGCGCCGAUGGCCACGGGGGCCUCAUCCAGCCGAGGAAGGUGCCAAACCCCGUGCGGGAGUCCCGGCGCCACCGGGAGCUGCACCGGGAGCUGCUCUUCAGCCACGGGAGGGGGAUCCUGCCCCGGCACAUGGCCGAGCUCCCGCGGGCGCUGGAGAGCCGGCGGCUGAGGCAGCGGCGGCAGGAGGAGCAGCGGGGAUCCACCUCGGACCUGGAGCAGCAGCUGCGGAAACGGCAGCAGAGGCUCGAGGAGCACGAGCGGGAGGCAGCCCUGGGCCGGGAGCCGGAGCGCCGACCCGAGUUCCUCCGAGUCCGGGAGAGCCUGAGGCGGAUCGAGCUGGCACCGGAGCCGGGCGUCAGGCAGACGUGAGCGGGGCCGGCGCCGGGACCUCGCCGUGGCACCCCUCACCGGCCCGGGGCCGGCGGGGGGGGAUCAGCUCCCCGCAGCCGCAUCCUGCCCGCCCGCCGGCGCUUAGCCGCCUAUAAAUAAACCGGCCACGCUU